AUGGAGUCAGGCAGGACUCAGAUAAAGCUUGACCCCAGGUACACGGCAGAUCUUCUGGACAUACUGAAAACCAACUACAGCAUCCCCUCUGCCUGCUUCUCUCUCCCGCCCACCGCAGCCCAGCUUCUGAGAGCAUUGGGCCCUUUGGAAAUUGCCCUCACAGUCAUCAUGACCUUGCUUUCUCUGGGCUCGAUCGCCAUCUUCCUGGAGGACGCUGUCUACUUGUACAAGAACACCCGUUGCCCCAUCAAGAGGAGGACUCUGCUGUGGAGCAGCUCUGCACCCACGGUAGUGUCUGUGUUCUGCUGCUUUGGUCUCUGGGUCCCUCGUUCCCUCACGCUCGUGGAAAUGGCCAUAAUCUCAUUUUACUCGGUGUGCUUUUACCUGCUGAUGAUGGCCAUGGUGGAAGGCUUUGGGGGGAAGGAGGCAGUACUGAGGACAUUGAAGGACACCCCGAUGAUGAUCCACACAGGCCCCUGCUGCUGCUGCUGCCCCUGCUGCCCCAAACUCAUGCUCACCAGGAAGAAGCUUCAGCUGCUGAUGUUGGGCCCAUUCCAGUAUGCCUUCUUCAGGAUAACAAUGGGCCUGGCGGGCCUGUUUCUUAUCCCUGAUGGCAUCUAUGACCCAGCAGAUAUUUCUGAGAAGAGCACAGCUCUGUGGAUCAACACCGUCCUUGGCAUGUCCACCCUGUUGGCUCUCUGGUCCCUGAGCAUCAUUUUCCGUCAAGCCAGGCUGCACCUGGGUGAGCAGAACAUGGGAGCCAAAUUUGCUCUGUUCCAGGCACUCCUCAUCCUGAGUGCCCUGCAGCCAGCCAUCUUCUCAGUCUUGGCCAACAGCGGGCAGAUUGCUUGUUCGCCUCCCUUUUCCCCUAAAAUCAGGUCUCAAGUGAUGAAUUGCCACCUCCUCAUACUGGAAACUUUUCUGCUAACUGGGCUGACACGAAUCUAUUACCGAAGGAAAGAUGACAAGGUUGGAUAUGAAACUUUCUCUUCUCCGGACCUGGAUUUGAACCUCAAAGCCUGAGGUGGAUGGCUUGGACAAUGAAAGAGACACUGUACUCAUUAG